AUGGUAAAGAAACGAAUCGUCAUCACAGCCUUCAAUUUAGGGUCGUGCCGGUUGUACGCUGUGACUUCAACUAAAGCAGAAGAGAAAGGUUAUGCCUGUUAUUAUGACAAAGUGAGGAAGACCUUUCUCUCUGAUGAAUUCUCAGCUGUUUGGAUGCACUGCAAGGAAAAGGUUAACCUUGAUAAAGCUACAUUCCAGGAUCAGUUUGAUUAUCUUCAGAAAAAGAUGAAGCUAUCUUGCUCCUGUCGUUUUGGGGACAUGACAAUUGGUAAAAAGCCAAUCAGUGAGUUUUUGAAAAACACCCCUCGGACAGUUCGGCAGACGACGAAAGCUCAGACGUUGGUGUUAACUGAUUUAACCUUUAACCACAAAGCCACUUUCAAAAUCUUGAAGCACCAAAUUGAAACAGAAACUGAUGCAGGCAAGAGACAAGUUCUGAUCAGAAAAUAUGAAGCUCUUCAUCAGACUAGAGCUCAAAUUGAAGGAACAGUUGAAGCUAUCAAGCAGCGUUGCUUUCCUGGAGCUGUAGUUGAGGAUGAACUGGUUGGAUAUUAUAGGUCUGCGCAAGAUUUAUUUGCUUUCAAAACUGUUGCUGAGUAUUUCAGGACAACCUGUUUUAACUGGCACGAGGAAGAGUCUCUCACACAGUUUCUGAUCACCUUGUCCUACAUGCAUGUAUUUGCUCGUCUCUGUACAUAUGGGUUUGGAGCGGAGAGGAUCAUAGAGGUCAUAACAGCGGUCUCCAGUGAAAGCCUCAGUGUGUUCCUAUAAACAACAUGCUUAUGAAAAAUCAAAUGGCACGUGGAGUAAAUCUGCACAAAUGAAGUCAGUCUGCCAAAAACCAUGGCUUUACUACAAGCCGAGCGCUAAAUUUCUGUGUAUAUUCAUCUGACUUUUUGACCUAAAAUAGCCAUGAAGCCAAGAAAAUAUUUAUUAAACAAUAUACUGAACACAUUUACAAGUAAACAACGUAGGUUUGAUUUAGUUUAUACACAGUUCUAUGAUUUCAAAUGGAUGAAUAUUUUGGAGGGGCUCUGCCCCGCCUACCCUUACGAGAAAGUAUACUUCCACUUCAUUUUAUGAAGUAUACUUAAGUAAUGUUGAAGUA